CUUGGUGAGCACACCUAGCACUCUCCACUGUUGUGUGCUGCUGCCCAGCUGAACAUGCCAGAUACAUGCUCAAGACACGCUCUGGCCUGGAGUAGACAGGCAAUGCUGGAUCUCCUUAGCCUGUGGGAACAAGAGGCUGUGCAGGCACAGCUACAGACCAGCUGUAGAAAUGUGGACAUCUAUGAGCAGAUUGCUUGAGGAAUGCAGAAGAAGGGGUAUGACAGGGAUCUGAAGCAGCGCCGCGUGAAAGCGAAGGAAUUCCAGCAGACAUACCAGAAGGCCAGAGGGGCUAACAGUUGAUCUGGUGCCAAGCCAGAGACCUGCUGAUUUUACAAAGAGUUGCAGGUCAUAUGUGUUGGAGACCCCACCAGCACCUUGCCUGCAACCUCUGAAGCGCUUGAGUCACAGGCCCGUGGCGAGAACAGCGAGGAGGAGGGACAUGCUAUCAGGGGAUCCCGCUAUGUCACAAGUCAGGACCUGUCUGAUACUCUACCACACUCCAGUGAGUUCCGGCCAUUGAGUACGGGUGAGCCCGAUGGAGGAGAAAGAACCUCAGGGUAAGUAUGUAAUUGUAUUUCUUAUUAUUAUGAUGUACUGAUGGUGCCCCCAGCUUAACAGGACACUGCUAUUGACUUUUUGUUAACUUUACUUCUCCUUGUUGUACCACUACCUCUUCUGGUAUAAGUAAGUUAUCUGCUUUUCAUUCCCCUGUAGAGUUAGGUGGGGUCGAGGGGGAGGGGGAAAUGUGGAGCAGUUUGUGUAUGUACACAGGGAUGUCCCUCGAAUCCUCCUGAGACAUCUUGACAAAACUUUCAUGGAGGUACUCUGCAAUCCUCUCCAGAAAGUUUCUAAGGAUGGCAGCCUUAUUUCUUCCUCUGCAGUAGGACACUUUCCCAUGCCAGUUGGCGAUAACUUUGGCAGGCACCAUUGCAAUAAACAGGCUAGCAGCAUAUGGGCCUCUGUGACUUCAGGACUCCAGCAGCAGCUGUAUUCUCUGUGCCUUUGUCAUGCUCACGAGUGAGAUAUCAGCUAAAAUCACCGCCGCCUGUGGGAAAAUGGUGCCAAUAUUCAGUGACAUUGCCUGGUUCUCGUAAUUUCAUGCACUUGAGCAAUUCUCUCCUCAUUUCCCUUGUCCCUGCCAGGUCAAACUCAUCAUGGCUGCUGCUGUGAGUUGGGCCAUCCACAAGCACUCUGAAGCAAAAGUGUCAAUAAGCAUGUCUUGUUUAAAAGUUUAGGGGAGCAAGGGAGGGGAGUUCUGAAUCAUAACUUUCACUUUCCAUUGUGACUGUACCUACUAUGGUACCUCUGGAUGUUUUACCUGUAGCUGCAGCAGUUGCAACCUUGAGGGGUUACCCCUCCACACCCAUGGAACGCCUGCACCAGGCAAGGAAGAGAAGGAAGAGGACUCAUGGUGACGUGUACAGUGAGAUCCAGUGCUGAUUCAGAUCCUUAGCAGAGGGUGUGGAGGGUGAAUAUUGCAGACUGUAAGGAGAAGGAAAGAGCAGACAGGAGAAAGGUGCAGAAAAAGGAGAGGGAGAUGCAUCAGGACAUAAUGGGGCUUCUCCAGCAGCAAACACAGGUGCUGCAGACUCUUGUGGAACUACAGAUUCAACAGUCAUGGACUUGCCUCCCUUUGCAGUCCACAGAUAACUCCAUUACAGCAUGUUCCCUACACCUCCCGCCCCAAUAUUCCAUGCAGCAUCAGGGGCUGCAUCCCUACCUUGCCACUCCACCCUGGGGACUUUUAAAGACAGCCACAACUUCACAUACAGUGACCUGAGAGCCAUGGUUGAUGUAUGUGUAGGUAAAAUGGACAUGAAUGUACUUUCCACUUCUUUAAGUGCUGUUCCAUAAAUGUAUGAAGGUUUUAAUGUAUUUGCAUUUAAUUUGCACAGAAUUUUUUUUUGCAGUGUGUUUUGUUACACAAUAAAAAUCUGUUGUUUGGAAAAUUAUUUAUCUUUAUUAAUUCUCAACAUAUGCUGCAGAAUGCCUGGUGGUACUGAAAGCACCCACUUGUUGUAUAGUAUGACACAACUCAUUGGAUCAGUAAAAAAAAACCCUACCAGUGUAGUAAUCACAAAUGUACAACAAACGUCACAAAAUUAAUAGGUGCAUUGACACCGUUUAUUCAUAGAUGUACACGAAGUGCCACAUAAUUCCUAACAGGCCCCAAAACAGCAGGAUCAGGGAGAGCACAGUACACCACAACGUUACAGUGGCUCAUUGUUAAAGUGCUCUUUCAAAGCCUCCCUUAGCCGUAUGUAUAGCUUCAUGUUGAGCUCUUCUAAUAGUCCUUGUGUCUGGCUGUUCAAACUCAACAAACAGCUGAUGCAUCUCUGCCCUUCAUUCUGCUGGCAAGUUUUCUCCCUUGCUUCACAGAUGUUAUACAGGACACAGCAGGCAUCUAUAACCACUGGGUUUUUUUUGUCACUAAGACCGUGCUGUGAGUAAACAACGCCACUAUCCAUUCAGUCUACCAAAAGCACAUUCACCUGUCAUUCAGAACCUGCUGAGCUGGUAGUUGAAUCUUUCCUUGGUGCUGUUGAGGUGGCUGGUGUACAGCUUCAUGAGCUGGGGAGCAGAGGGUAGGCCUGGUACCCCAGGAUCACUACUGGCAUUUCAACAUUGCCAGUGGUAAUCUGCUGAUCUGGAAAGAAAGUCCCUGCGGGUAACUUUUUGAAUAGUCCUGUGUUCUUAAAGAUGUGAGCACCAUGCACCUUCUCUGACCACCCAACGCUGAUGUUAGUGAAGCAUCUCCCAUGAUCCACCAACGCUUGCAUAACCACAGAAUAUUAGCCAUUUCUGUUGAUUUACUUUGUGGCAAGGUGGUCUGGUGCAAGAAUAUAUAUAUGUAUAUGAGUGCUGUCUAUUGCUCCACAGCAGCUGGGGAAGCCCAUUGCUGCAGAUCUAUCCACUAUGUCCUGCACAUUGCCAAGAGUCACAGUCCUGUAUAGCAUGAGACAAUGGCCCCUAUGGUUAAUUUUCCAACUCCAAAAUGCUUUCCCGCUGACUGGUAGCAAUCUGGUAUUGCAAGUUGCCAGAGCACUAUCGCCCAUCACUUCUCCGGUGUCAGUGCAGCUCUCAUUUUGGUGUCCGUGCCCUGGAGUACUGGGGUAAGUGCGGCACACAGAUCCGGGAAUGCUCCCCUUCUCAUCUGAAAGUACUGCAGCCACUGCUCAUCAUCCCAAGCGUGCAUUACAGUGCAAUCCCACCAAUCAUUUCUUGGGUCCAGAUUCGGCACUCUGCUACCUGUAGCUGCUCCGUGAAUGCCACUAGCAACCUUGAAUUGGUCCUUGUUUUGUUCCACAACAAUCUAUCCUCCAAGAAAUUGUCAUGCUCCUUGCUGAUUCGGUUCUUUUUCCAGCUCUGCAGAUACCUGAGGAUAGUGCAUCCUAUGCUUGCAACUCUCAUGACAGUAGGCCACAGCUAGGCAGGCUCCAUGCUUCUGUCAGAGAUGGUGGACAGCGAGGAGGGCUGUGUGGGUUCAUGGGAUUUUUUUUAAAAGGCAUGAAAAUUUGGGGAUGGGGAAAGUUGCAUCCUGGGAAGUUGACCCCUUGCUCCCAGUCACCUCUGUGUGACUUGUUUCUGCUGCAUUAUGCAUUGCCAAAACUUCUUAAGAGAGUGCACUGGACGGUGGUGAGUUGCACACUGGGAUACCUAUCCAUGGUUCAUCGUACUAUGCUUUGACACAAGCACUCCAGGUGUGUAUGUGCAGCACGAUGCAAGGAACCAAGUAGGCAAGUGCACAAGUGAUAUACCAACUGCGGCAGCUCUAUGCUGAUUUAACUUGCAUUGGCAAAAGUUUGUAGCGUAGACGGCAUGUUAGCUCAAGUGGCAGAGCCUGUGCAGUGGAUCUUAAGGUUCCAACGUUGCUGAUGAACCUCAAGUACUCAAAUUAGGAAAUGUUAGGUUUAAGGUUAAUAGAUUGGCUAAGUAAUAGGUAUCUUCUUUUUGUUGGUUGCCUCUUUAUUAAAUGCUGCUGUUUUUUCUUGUCAGGGUUCACAAAAAGAGCUGUUGAAUUUGACUCAGCAAGAUUACAUGAAUCGGAUUGAAGACCUCAAUCAGUCACUGAAGGAUGCCUGGGCCUCUGAUCAGAAAGUAAAAGCUCUAAAAAUAGUUAUCCAGUGUUCUAAACUUCUUUCGGACACAACAGUAAUCCAGUUUUAUCCAAGUAAAUUUGUUCUAAUUACAGAUAUACUUGAUACAUUUGGAAAACUAGUAUAUGAAAGAAUUUUAUCCAUGUGUCUGGAUAAUCGCAGCUCUUUACCAGAUAAUUUUACUCCAGAAAGUGUUAAUGAUACUGCCAAAGAAACCUGUUUAAACUGGUUCUUCAAGAUUGCUUCAAUCAGAGAGCUCAUUCCCAGAUUCUAUGUGGAAGCAGCAAUACUGAAAUGCAACAAGUUUCUGUCCAAAACGGGAAUUUCAGAAUGUCUCCCGCGACUAACGGCUAUGAUUAGAGGAAUUGGAGAUCCACUGGUUGCAGUCUAUGCAAGAGCGUACUUGUGCAGGGUCGGAAUGGAAGUAGCUCCUCAUCGUAAAGAAAGCCUUAACAAGAAUUUUUUUGACUUCCUUCUAACAUUUAAACAAAUGCAUGGGGAUACUGUUCAGAAUCAGCUGGUAGUGCAGUGUGUGGAGAUUCCAUUGUAUUUGACUCUCUACUCUCCUGCUAUAGAUUGGAUUUUACAGUGUAUCGCAUAUCGUGCUCCCGAGAUUCUGCUUACCGAGAUGAUGGAGAGAUGCAAGAAACUGGGGAACAAUGCCCUGCUGUUGAAUUCAGUGAUGUCAGCAUUCAGAGCAGAGUUUAUUGCUGCAAGGUCUAUGGAUUUUAUUGGCAUGAUUAAAGAGUGCGAUGAAUCUGGUUUCCCCAAGCAUCUUCUCUUUCGCUCUUUGGGGUUAAACUUGGCCAUGGCUGAUCCUCCUGAAUGUGAUCGCCUUCAGAUAUUAAAUGAAGCCUGGAAGGUUAUCACAAAAUUGAAAAACCCACAGGAUUAUAUUAACUGUGCAGAAGUGUGGGUGGAGUAUACCUGCAGACACUUUACGAAGCGUGAGGUCAAUACUGUUUUGGCAGAUGUUAUCAAACACAUGACUCCAGAUCGUGCAUUUGAAGAUGCCUAUCCACAGCUUCAAUCAAUUAUUCAGAAAAUUAUCACCUAUUUCCAUGACUUUUCUGUACUUUUUUCAGCGGAGAAAUUCUUACCAUUCCUGGAUAUGUUCCAGAAAGAAAGUGUGCGAGUGGAGGUUUGCAAGUGCAUUAUGGAAGCUUUUAUUAAACAUCAACAAGAUGCUACUAAAGACCCUGUCAUACUUAAUGCUCUUCUACACGUGUGCAAGACCAUGCAUGAUUCUGUGAAUGCACUAACACUUGAAGAUGAAAAGAGAAUGUUAGCAUCUUUGAUAAAUGGAUUUAUAAAAAUGGUAUCGUUUGGCCGGGACUUUGAGCAGCAGCUGAGUUUUUAUGUUGAAGCUAGGUCAAUGUUUUGCAAUCUGGAGCCUGUUCUUGUCCAGCUGGUUCAUUCUGUGAACCAACUGGCAAUGGAAACGAGAAAAGUGAUGAAAGGAAAUCAUUCCAGAAAGACAGCCGCAUUUGUCAGGGCUUGUGUUGCCUUCUGCUUCAUUACAAUUCCAUCUCUGACUAGUAUCUUUGCCCGUCUUAAUUUGUACCUGAACUCUGGACAGGUUGCCCUGGCAAAUCAGUGCCUUUCACAAGCUGAUGCUUUUUUCAAAGCUGCCGUGAGCCUGGUUCCUGAAGUGCCAAAGAUGAUCAAUAUAGAUGGGAAGAUGCGUCCCUCUGAACCAUUCCUCCUGGAAUUCUUCUGUAACUUCUUUUCCACUUUAUUAAUUGUGCCGGACCAUCCAGAACAGGGAGUGUUGUUUCUCGUGCGAGGACUACUCAAUGUGAUCCAGGAUUAUACGUGGGAGGAUAAUAGUGAUGACAAAGUUCGGAUUUACGCCAAUGUUUUGCAUCUACUCUCUGCAAUGACUCAGGAGACCUAUAUCUACCACAUAGACAAAGUUGAUUCCAAUGACACCCUCUAUGGUGGAGACUCCAAGUUCCUGAUUGAAAUUAACAAGCUGUGUGAGACAGUGGUAGCUCAGAUCCUGGACCAUCUGAAGACCCUUGGACAGGAGGAGACUCUGAAGCGCCAAAGCCAGCUGGCUCUCUACUUCUUUAAUAGUAUUUUAGCUCAUGGAGAUCUACGAAACAACAAACUAAACCAACUUUCAGUCAAUCUCUGGAACCUGGCACAGAAGCAUGGCUUUGCUGACACCAAGACUAUGGUAAAAACAUUGGAAUACAUCAAGAGGCAAAGCAAACAACCUGAAAUGAGUCAUUUUACAGAGCUGGCACUAAGACUCCCUCUGCAGUCCAGGACCUGAUGAAUGUUACCCUUUCCAGAGUCAUCUGUAACGAAGGGCAUGUUACCAAGUCCAUAAAAUAGAAGCUUUAUUCUGAGCUUUUAUUAGAGUUCAAUGUAUUUUCAUUUUUAAGUUUCACUUAAAAGUAUGACAGAUUAAUUUGGACAAGGUAAAAUUGUUCUGACAGAGUGCAAUAAUUUGAACUAAGUUUGGUUCCAAUGGUGUCAUUAAACAGAAUCUGAUUGAAAUGUUUAGAUUCAGUAAAGUGUAUCUUAAAGUUUCUGAUGGCAAAUAACAUUCUAGACCUGAAUUUGACAUAACUUUAACAACAUAGGAAGAAAAUUGUCCAAAUAAGCAUAUUCAGGAGCUCCCCCUUCCCCCCAACUUCAUUCCAUUUAGGACAUAUUAUUUUCUCCUGCGUGCGAGCAAUAUGUUGCUGUAACAUCCUAGUUCAUGAUCAGCAGUAGUUCUAGAUGAGAAUUAUGCCUCAGGCUUCUUUGUAGACAGAGUUGUUUCCAAUAUUCAUGUGGCCAGUUUCAGUAUAACAGGAAUAUGGCUGAGAUGUUACUGUUUUCUGGAUUUGAAAAACCAUUUUUGUAAUACACUUUCGCCAACAUGUUUAUGCUUUUCAUAUUAGUCUAAAAAUGUUUUGUAAAAUGGAGGGAACCUCUAAAUUUAAUCUGGCAAUCAGUGGGGAGUCUUCAGAGGAAAAUGCAAAUAUAUUUAGAGUCCCUUGUGUUUCCAGUCCAAAUGCACAGUAUCAUCAAAUAAAACCUGUUAAUGUGCAGUUUAGUUCAUCUUUGUUCCUUAUUACAUGUAUCCACAGUCAUCACCUGACUGAACAUCCUGUGAUGAUUAGUUCCAUUUGCUAUUCUACUGCUUAACAAAUUCCCCUCUGCAGUGGCAAGGAGCCAGGAUGUGAGGUUGCUGCUACUGCCAUAAAUGCCCUAGUUUUGAUUGAGUUUAGGCAAUUUACUGAGUUAUUCUCUACAAUAACCAAGGAUGACUAAAAUACUUUAGCCAAAUUUUGAGCAAGAAGUUGUCUUUUGUGGAGGGUGAAAAUUCCAUUUUGUGUGAAUGAAAUUCUCUAAUAAAAUAGCUCUGCUCUGUGGUAGAAGCUGUACUUCGUAA